CUACAAAAUCUGAAGAGUGUCUACGAAGGCGUAAGUCAUUUAGCACGGUAAGUGAUGCAUCAAGUUCAGUUGUGAAAAGACGACGCAGAUGUCCAUCAAUGCUAGCACUGAAUAAUCAAAAAGUUGCCAAUGACGAAAACCAGCUACAGACAUCAACACCACCGCUUGGUGAUCAAUCUAGUAAUGUCGUCACGCCCACCACUCCCACUACCCCAACAACGGUCAAAAGAAGCUCUAAGUAUCGAGGUGUCAGCAGACAUCGAUGGACAGGUAGAUACGAGGCUCACUUGUGGGACAAAGGGUCAUGGAACGCAACACAAAAGAAGAAGGGAAAACAAGUUUAUCUUGGGGCAUACGAUGAAGAAGAAUCUGCUGCAAGAGCAUAUGAUUUGGCGGCAAUCAAGUAUUGGGGAACGUCUACUUUCACAAAUUUCCCGGUGAGUGAAUAUGAGAAAGAAUUAGAGAUAAUGCAGAAUACAACCAAGGAGGAGUAUCUAGCCACCUUAAGAAGGAGAAGCAGUGGUUUCUCAAGAGGCGUAUCAAAGUACAGAGGGGUAGCAAGGCAUCAUCACAAUGGCAGAUGGGAAGCAAGGAUAGGAAGAGUGUUUGGCAACAAGUAUCUCUAUCUUGGCACAUACAGUACUCAAGAAGAGGCUGCUCAUGCAUAUGAUAUUGCAGCUAUAGAAUACAGAGGAAUCAAUGCAGUAACAAAUUUUGACUUGAGCACAUACAUCAGAUGGUUAAGAUCGGGUUCCAAUUCCGCUAGCGGCAUCCCCUCUCAAUCCCAAGAUCAACCGCUGCCACCCGCCACCAGCCACCACGCUAAUCCACUCCUUGAGGAUCCUCACUUUCAAUUUGGUUCCAAUCCGUUACCACUGGGAAUCACUUCCCCGAACCAAGAACUCCUUGACACAAAGAUGCUGCUUGCUAAUUCCAAUUCCAAUCACGUUGACUCGUCGCCUGCUCCUAGCGCUCUAAGCCUACUCUUAAGAUCAACCAUGUUUAAGGAGCUCGUGGAGAAGAAUUUGAUUCCGUGCAAUGAAGAAGAACAUGCGACAAAGGAACUGAUGAAAACCGAAGGGAAUGAAUUCCGAGGGAUGUUUUUUAACGGAAUGUGUCCUUCGAAAGUCGGAAUCAGAAUGGGAUUGGAUGAGGAGGAUGAUGAGGAAGAGGAUGAGAAGGAUGAAUUGCCGUUGUUUAGGAACCCGAACCAGUCGAUAUGGAAUGGCUCGUUGAACAUGAACAAGCCUUCUAGGCACUAACUGCUGCUUAAAAGUUAAAACCUUGCGUGUGCAUCAUUUUUUAGCAUUUUAGGACGUAGAUUACUUUUGGCUUGGAAUAAUUGCUAUUUACUCGUGCUAACGAGAAUGUACAUUACUUUUUGUUUGGAAUAAUUGCUUUUUACUCGUGCUAACGAGAAUGUACACAUUAUGAAUAAAAGUUGUGAGAAACAACAUGGUUUCUGAUCAAA